GUUACUCCCAUGUGGAAGAAGCCACUGAUCUGCAUGUUCGAGGCCACCUUCAAGCCUGGCCUCGUCUUUCCCGAGGACGGAGUGUGCGACCUCAGCUUCUUCCGGGCGCUGGAGCACAAGCAUGCUUUCUUGAAGGACAAAGGCGGAGAGUACAACGCGGUGUUGGAUGCCUUCCUGGCAGUGGCCGCCAAGCAGGCGAAGACCGAACACGGAGUCAGCCUAGACCACUCGUGUCACUUGAAGACCGCUGAGAUAUUGAAGGAUCCUGUCAGCAAAAAAACCGUGAAAGAGCUGUGGGGAAAAAAGGUCUACCACUGGGGAUUCUUGACAACAAAUAUCUACCUCGUGACGGAAGUCAACAUGACACUGCUGUUUAAGAUCCUGAAAAACAUAAAAACGAUCGUGCAAGAAGAGAUAAGGCCGAAUCGCCCUCACUACUACAUCUUCACUGGGGCCCUUGCGUCAAUGUAUGGGACGACACUUGUUGCAAAACUACUGAAGACCGUUAUGUGGCUCGAUGGCAUAGGGUUUCUGGGGCACCUUAUCGAAGACGAUCGAAAUUGGAACUCAGGCCGGAUGAUGCCGCCAACCUUCUGGGUCAACAUGAACAUGCCAGACCACGCGUACAUGUAUUACUUGAGAACGGCGCAUAAGGGUGUUCGACAUCUCCAUGCUACGAACAUGAACGGCACUUCCUUUUACAUCACCGUAACUAUGGCUGCCAAGCGAUACAUUCCGGACGAGAAUUACGCCUACAAAGCGGAAAUGCUACCCAGCAAAGAGGCGUUAGAGGUUCCCAUCAUGGACUACUGCAAGGACACGAAGUACGAGUUCGGCUUUCAAGAAAGUGAACCUGUCGCACCUUACUACGUGAGCCAGAGGGAAGGAAGAUUUAUCAGCUUUGAUGAUUCGAAGUCCUUGGGGAUCAAGCUUUGCAGGGGCAGGAAGAAGCUGCAUGGCAUCAAAUACGGUCUCAUCAUAUAUAGCACCGAAAUGGAUGACCCAACAAACCAGUGCGGCAAAGGUGCCUACCCUCGAGUCAAUUUCUUAAGAAAAUUGGUGGACUUCUUCAGAAACAACUUCACUUCGCCCGAUGCUCUGGAAGCGUGUCAAAAACUGGUCUGA